AUGCCGGCGACGUUGCUUCACUGGAUUGCUGGAGUGGGCGCGGCCAUUUCCAUAAAGAUCUCCUCAUCAAUUGAUGACGUCGUGUGGCUGGCCCCAUUCUUGACCAACAACGUCAGCUACUUCUCCCGGCUAAAGAACAUCAGCAUCUAUGGCAUCGUUUGUUGGGUUCAGACCGCCAUUGCCAUGUGCAUCGCCUACUCGGGCAACAAGCUUGUGGAGAUGGUGACCCGGAAUUCCAAAGAUGCUUGGUCUUCCGAGAAGAUCUUGACUGUGCUGGCUGGCUCCAUGCUGGCUCUGUACUCUGUCAAGUUGCUCCAUGAGUGGGUGACAGAGGCAGAAGAAGACCCUCAGGAUACCAAGGAAGAUGCUGGGCAAGAGAACAAGUACGCGAAAGUCAGCCCUUCGGACCUGGAGGGUGGCGGGGAGCUCACGCCCGGUCGCAACGAGUCCAGGCAGCUCAUGUCAGCGAGGAAUCGCCCGAUCGAGUCUGCGAACGCAGCAUCGGAGCAUGACAGGAAGAGCUUGGACGACAAGGAGUCUGCACAAACACAGACUCUCUUCGUCAUCGCCUUUAUUGGCUCUCUGGAUGACCUUACUCUUUUCGUGCCCAUGCUGGUGGGGAAGGGGUUCGACUUUGCACAGCUAACCAUCGGCGCGUUGACCGCCGCUUCGUUGAUCGUCAUCAUUUGCCUGUUCGUCGGCCUCUGUCAACCAGUCGCCGACUGCAUCUCCAAAAUACCUCUCUUCGCAAUAGUUGUCGCUUUUGCCACACUGCUGUUGGUCAAGCUCCUCGCCUGCACAGUGACCGCAGCCUUCCGUCCCACCUGCAAGGCACACAGUUGA